AUGUAAAAAGUAUUUAGAUCAAAAUUAUUAGGGUUAGAAAUAAGAAAAUUUAGCAGGAAACUUAAAUUAAUAACUUAUCAAAGAUAUUGAUUUAUGUAUUCUAAUUUAAUUUCUUUUAAUAAAGGCAAUUAAUUCUUUUUAUAGGAGUAAAAUUUCAAGUAGAAGUUUCGGUUGCUUUAAGAUUGUGGAUCGAAAUAUAUUCAUGAAUGGGAGUUUGUAAUCCUAUUUUUCUCUUUUGGUUGAAUCAAUAUAAGAAAAUGGGCUUCUUCAAUGUGAACUCUUUCAAUAAUUUUGA